UCACGGUUGGGUAUUUUCUCUGGUGACUCGCUCGCAUCAAUAGAUCUUCUAAUGUACACCCGGCCGAGCCGGCGGCUCCGUGACUGAUGGGACUCGCUGAUUUGUUUUAUUAUCAUUAUUGUUGUCUCUGUCCGGACGCGGGGAGAAUGGAGGAAUGGAGUACGCGGCGGCAGGAAUGUCACAUGUGACUGUGGAUACGGGACAGGGGACGAUUCAAAUGUCAGACGACCCUUCCCCGCAGUUCACCUACACGUUACUAUCGCCACAGCAACGGAGCAGAUAUCAUCUUUGAAAAUCAAUCGCAAAGGGAAGUGACAUCGGACUCAUGGAGUCACUCGAAACGACUGCAGAGGUGAACAUCUCCACCGAGGGCCGGGACGGAAAUGCCGCCCAGAAAAAAGGCACAUUUGAGGGCGAACAGGCUAAGAGGAGACCAGCGGUCGAACCGGACAGUAAAGCGUGGCACCAACAACUCGAGGAGGCGAAGAGCAGAGACGCGUGUGGUUUCAAUGAAAUGUCUGACUCAGGGAAAUCUCUGCAACUCGAAGACCAGCUCCCCCAAGUCCCGCCUGCAAGCCAUCAGGAGCACGAAGGGUCUUCGUAUCCACCGCAGUCCGCGAAGUCGGUUUACGUCGGCAGACAGAAAGCCCCCACGUUGCCCGAAGUCCAGCAACAGAGUUCCCAAUCGGGAUCAGCGGAUCCGCUGUCGGAGGCGUCCAAGGUGGAGCAGAAAGCACAAAAACCAGGGAAGUACGUUUGUGAUUACUGCGGACGGGCGUGCGCCAAGCCGAGCGUGCUGAAGAAGCACAUCCGCUCCCACACCGGGGAACGGCCCUAUCCCUGCGUCCCCUGCGGGUUCUCCUUCAAAACCAAGAGCAACCUCUACAAACACAGAAAGUCCCAUGCUCACUCAGUCAAAGCUGGCACGGUGCCAUUCAUGGAUCUGGGUUCCUACAACACCAACGCAGACCAGGGGUCCUUUGAAGGGGAAGGAGAGCUAUUCUCCGACGCCGAGCAGAGCACGGACACAGACGAGGACACUCUUAACGACCCGCUGCUGCUGCUCGACUCUCCGAUGGAGGGGUCGGAUAACACUGCUGUAAAAGUACUGAAUCUCAUCGCUCAGAGAAAGGGAGCCACGACAACGACAGCUCAGGACGGUUCAUCCCAACCCCAGGAAAUCAAUGCGCCCCCCGUCACGGCCGAGGCCAGUCGUGCAAUCCAAUCUUGCACGAUCAAACAACGGCUCGCGCUUCGACUGUCCGAAAAGAGAAGCAGCGACUCCGAGCACAACCUGUCACUGCCGAGUCAGUCGAGCAAGGGCAGCACGGACUCCGGUUACUUCUCCCGCUCCGAGAGCUCGGAGCACCAGGUCGGUCCUCCGAACACCAACGCCAAAUCCUAUCAAGAAAUCAUGUUCGGAAAGUGCUAUCGGCCCAGCCCCAAGCAAGCCACGGCAUUCGUGGCUUGCAGCGCCGACUCGGGCGGCUACACAGGCUCGGAGAAGGGCGUGUCCCGCGUUUUCACCCAAGAAAAAGACACAGUCGAGUCAAUCAAAAUAAACACAAAGUCAUUAAUUAGGGAGGAGGGGAAGGAGUUGCUGCUGGACGCUGGGGGCGACCUGGGGCCUCUGAUGAGAAGCAACUCCAUGCCAACGUCAUCGGCAGCGUGUCUGACGAUGCCUCAGUCCCUCCGGGGCAGCCACUCGUUCGACGAGAGAGCGAGCACCGGGGGCAUGAGGAGACUCAGGCGGCAGGCUGCCUUCGAACUAUCGGCGCACGACGGCCACACCGACAGCGACAGCCACGGAAAGAUGAGCGAGAGUAGCGUUUCACCCUCCGGACCGGAGAUGGAAAGCUACCCCGCCGUGGCUCCAAAUAUGAGCCAGCAGAAACAUGCGAUGGAACUGGCAACGCGGAAGCGCCGCAAAGAAAAGAGGGAGGAGGAGGACUUGCCGGGUCAAUACGAAGUCCAUCGCGAGCAGUGUGAGGAAAUGUUUGACUCGAGCAAGGACUACGAUUUAAAACAGGCUGCGAUGGGCAUCAUGGCUUUGGGGAGAGGAUACGUGGACAGGUCUGAGAUGGAGAUGUCAGUAAGCCCUGAAAUACCGGGUCGAAAAACCAUGGGGAAUGUAAUUUCUGUUAUCCAGCACACAAACUCAAUCAACAGGCCUCACUCUGAACAGUCAGACGCUUUCAGAUAUCACAGCCAGAGGCUGGAAAAUACAUCUUCCUGUCAGUCGAUGGAGAUGAGCGACUCCGUCGAGGCGGAAAGUGACGCUAGGCUGAGGCAGUCGGUUCAAAUGGGGCCCAAACUCGUGCGGCAGCCCAACAUACAAGUCCCAGAAAUCCGGGUCACCGUUGAGCCUGACAGUCCGGAAAAAGCUCCAGAAGUGCCGGCGAAGGAGCCGGAGAAGCACGGGGACGAGUUUCAGUGGCCUCAGAGGAGUGAAACUUUAGCACAAUUCCCUCCGGAGAAGCUCCCCCCGAAGAAGAAACGGCUUCGCUUGGCUGAAAUCGAGCACUCCUCCGGCGAAUCUAGUUUUGAGUCCGCCUGCACCAGUCUCUCCCGCAGCCCGAGCCAGGACAGCAAUCUGUCAUAUAGCUCCACUUUCUCCUUCGACAGGGAGGAGAGCAUAAAGUCGGCCUCUCCAGCAAGGCAAGAUGAGUUUGGCAAACCGCUGGAGCUCUUAGCCGUGCCAGGGAGCGGGCACUCCCUCUCCGUGCUCAACCAGCGCCAGCAGCACGAAAUGAGACGCUCCUCCUCAGAGCAGGCGCCCUGCAACCUGCGCAAGGAGUUCCCAGAGGUGCGCAGCGUGUCAUUCGACUACGGCAGCCUCUCCCCGACUUCCAAAGUUAGACACGUGGACGUCAGCGCUGCGAGCGAGAGGAGGAGGGGCAACCUGGUGCGACAGGAGUCGCUGAGUAUGGACACCGAGGUGCCACACGUCCCGUCGUUUACACAGUACCUCGGCAGCACCUCCCCUCCGUUCGCUGCCGUCCUGCCGCAGACUUUGCCAAUAUUUUCCACCGGGAACACAUUUCACCCGCUGCCGCACCCCAGCCUGUUGGUUCCUGUCAGGAUUCAGACCAACGUGCCGUCCUUCGGCAGCAUCACCUACACCUCAGUGUCGCAGAUUUUUGACUACGACGGCGUUGGCUCUACCACAUCCGCUAUUCCGAGUCACAUUUCCCGCCUGUCUGGAUAUCUCGAGCCCCACGGCAUAUUAGCUCACCCAAAGGCGCCCGCAGCUCAAACCCUGAACGCUGAAGCCCUUGAUUUGUCGUCGGCUAAGCUCAAGACGGGCAUCCCUCUAUCGCUGACCUCCAGGACCAUCUCCACCACCAACGCCUCUAGCGGGGGUGCGAGCAAGCGGAUGCUGUCGCCCGCCAGCAGCCUGGACCUGUUCAUGGAGGUCAGGCAGCAGAAGCGGGUGAAGGAAGAGAGGAUGUUCGGACAGAUCGUCGAGGAGCUGAGCGCCGUGGAGCUCGGAAAAUGCAAUUUAAGCGAGAAGAAAGUGCUCGCUUUGGAGAUGCACGGAGCAUCAACCCCCUGUGCUCAGAGGGACUUGCACAGGACUACGUUCAUCGCGUUUCAGAAGACGUCGGAGGCGGCCGAGCGCGGCGUGGAGAUGGCUAUGGAAAGUGGGUCUCUUGAAACGAGCUCCGUGAUAUCCGUCAGCGAACUGAAGGAGCGAGUGCAGAUGGAUAUGGGGGCACAGCUGGUGACCAGUCGAGACGUUCUGAUCUCAGACGCUGAGCAUUCGAGGGUCUUAUCUCAGUUUCCAAGCCUUCGCACGACGACAGGUGUGAGCUGGUGUUAUCUCAACUACACUAAGCCGAGCUGCUCGCGCGGCGGAGCGCCGUUCGCCUCGGCGUACGCCGCGCUCCGCGGCGCCAGCUCCCACAACCCCAACCCUCUGGAGCUGAGCACCAGCACCGCCCUGGCCCUGCUGCGGUCCAGGCAGAGGGGAGACAAGGUUAUCUACACCAUGGCCGCCAUGUGUCAGCCUGGCACGGGGAAGCUGGUCUCGUCCCUCAUUCUCUGGAGGCAAACCGUGGAACAGCUGCAGCGGAAACCAGAGCCCAAAGAGGUGGACAUCACCUUCGGGAAGAAGGUGAAAGACAUCAGCUGCAGAGCGAAAACUGCCAAGGAGGAGUGGAAAGAGCGGGAGGCCUCCGCAACCCCGGCAGCGCCGACGCGGAUUAAGAUCUUCGAGGGAGGGUAUAAGUCCAACGAGGACUACGUGUACGUCCGGGGUCGAGGCCGGGGGAAGUACAUCUGUGAGGAGUGCGGCAUCCGCUGCAAGAAGCCGAGCAUGCUGAAGAAACACAUCCGGACCCACACGGAUGUGCGACCGUACAUCUGCCGGGUUUGCAACUUCGCUUUCAAAACUAAAGGAAACCUGACGAAACAUAUGAAGUCAAAGGCGCACAUGAAGAAGUGUCUUGAGCUGGGAGUGUCGGUGACGAUGGACGAAGCCGAGAUACAAGAACACGCGGACGAGAUCCAGCGAAACUCCAAGGCGGGGGCGGCCGCGGCGUCCAAGCACCAGUUCUCCGACGCCGACGACUCCGACGGCAUGGACGAGGAGGCGGACGAGAUCGACGAAGACGACGACGAGGACGACGAAUACGAGGGCGAUUCCACCCCGAAGCUUCGUUCGAGAAGCACGAGUCCUCAGGCGGUCGGGGUGACGUCCCUGUCGGUCACGGCCACGGCCGCCAUCCACAGCUGCUCGCUGGCGUCCCUGCCCGAAGCCGACGUCGGGCAGCAGUCCCUCAGCAGACGCCUGGUCCCCGACCACAGGGAGAAGUCCGUGGACGAAGACUCUCUGACCAUGCUGUCUCCGGAGCAGACCAGCGCUCUGUUCGACCCGUACUCGUCCUGCCUGCUGUCGCCCGGCUGGGAGUCUCCCAUCAGGGAGCCCUCGCCCUCGCGCCUGCGCUACCCGUCCCCGAGGAGGGAGCUGUCCCCGCGGGGCCGCUCCUACCCGCGGUGGGACGCCUCGCCGCUGAGGCCCGGCUCGCCCGGCUUCAAAUCCAUCCAGCACCCGUCCCCGGUCUCCAUGGAGCGGCCCCUGUCUCCGGGGACGGAGCUGGCGGGGAAGAGGGACUCGUCGGUGAGGGGCCGGCAGCGGGUGGUGCUUAGGGCCGUGUCGCCGCGCAGGGGGUCGCACCAACAUAAAGGCGGCGGCGACAAAGGCCGACACCACGCCAAGCUGGAGAUGAGUCUACAAGGAGCCUUGGAAAUGGAAAUGGAUCAAAGGAGCGGCUUGGCGCCGGGUCUGGUUGGUCCGGCCAGUUCUCAGCACCAGAACCUGCUGAGCCACCUCCCUCUGCACUCGCAGCAGCGGGCCGUGAGUCUGAUGCCCGUCGUCCCCGUCGGAGGACUGCCGGCACUGCCGUCGGCCUCCCCGCCGUCCCACCGGCACGACGCCGUUAGCCCCCCGCCGCCCAGCCCAGCCCAGAGCAGCAGCAGCCGGGACGGCUCCGUCCUCGGGGCCGACGACGGCGGAGGGUUCGCUGGGGGUCACGACCCCGGAACUGGGCAGGAGGAGAGCGUCCAGACCUGCCUGAAAGCCAUCGCCUCGCUGAAGAUCACCACGGAGGACCCGCAUUGAGACGAGGCCUCGGUCUGCACUGCAAAAACUCAAAAUCUUAACCAGAAUUUUGUCUUAUUUCUAGUUAAAAUGUCUAAUUUUUAGUCGAAAAAAAUCUCAUUACACUUAAAACAAGACUCAUCACUGGAAAAAAAACAACAAUUUUCACCUGUUUCAAGUAGAUUUUCACUUAAAAUAGGUUUUUUUUGCUUGUAAUGAGAAAAUAAAUCUUGUCCCACUGGCAGAUUUUUCUACUUAUUUCAACUGAAAAUUUACUUAAAACUGGUAAAAAUUGUCAAAUAACAAGUUAUUUAUCUGGUGAUGACUCUUGUUUUAAGUGUAAUGAGAUUUUUUGACUAAAAAUGAGACAUUUUAUCUAAAAAUAAGACAAAUAUUCCAGGUAAGAUUUUGAGUUUUUGCAGUGUGAUCCAGGGACUGAUGCCCCGGCCCCCCCAAACCCCCCACCUCCGCUACACCUUGUUGAGCCGCAUUUUGUAAUAACGGUGCAUUUUGUAAUAAACGUCCAAAAUGUAAUAACUUUUUUAUUGCAUUUUGUAAUAAAGCCGCAUUUUGCACACUGCAAAAACUCAAAAUCUUA